GAGGGAGAGAGAGAGAGGGAGGGAGGGACAGGGAGAGUUGUACAGAGUGCUGAUCGGAGGGCAGUGCUGUGAUGUGAGCAGGGAAGCAGGAAGGAGAGAAGGAAGCUAAACAAGAGAAGCAGAGAGGUGAUAAACUGAGGACGCAGAUGGACUACAUGUCUCGUCUGAUUAGUGGGAACUGUCAGCUAUUGGAGCACCAACCACUGGGGAGCAGGGCUUUACACCACUGUCAGUGCACAUAGUUCUCCUGUGACUCCGAGCCACCGAGGGACUGAGAGAGAGAAGGAGUUCAGCCUCAUCCGAGGAGUCACCGGGUGCCCCCCUCCUCCAACAUUUUGGGGCAGAGGAGUAGCCUACACAGGAGGAGACAAGGCGCUGAGGAGCGGCUAGGGGUACCCUCGUAUCUGGAGCCGGGGAUCCUAAAGGACGAAGUGAAACGCACAACAGCCGGACCCAGGGCUUGACAAAACGCUGACCAUGACGUGAAGGUGGAAGUGGACGCCAGCGCUCCCUGGUUUUCAGGCCUUCCGAGCCCGUUGGCCAGGUGAUGGGGAGACGGGCAGCUGACCUGACCACUGCCGUGCCAGUACUGGGAGUCCCCGCCCUGGUGGGCAUGUGUGGCUGGAGGACAGCAGGAGGGCACCGGGCCGGCGAAGUGCUGCCGGUGUCAUGGAUUUCCCAGUGCAGCGUUGGAGUGCAGACCUCACCCUGUGUCACACCGUCAGACGGCGGGAUUACGCCCAAAUCCAACGGCUUCACCCCAAAGGGCGGCGGAGAAGACGAGGAAGCUAGGCGGACUAAGUGCCUCAGAGGAAGAGGGCUUCUGUCCAAACAGAGGAGUUUAGAUUCCAAGACCAAAAAAGGGGUGACUUUCGAAGGGAUUUCCAAUGAACUCACAAAGACUGUGUUCUUUAACCACUGGAAAAGUGGGACUUAUUGCUAUGCCCGAGCAAUCAAGACAAACCCUCACCUAUCUGGGGGUGUGGGAAAUGGCGAGCUCAAAGGGAGGCGGGACUUGCGCUACACCAAUGGUAGUGUCGUGGACUCUGAGGCUAUAGGAGGGAUUUGUAUUGACGGCAGUGAUGAGACGGAGCCCGUGUCGACCAAAUCUUCUCGAGGACCGGACCAAUCAAAACCUAAGGAACAUUCUGUGGCACAUUCAUAUUGUACGAAUGCGAAAGGAUCACGAGCUCCCCCACCUCUUCGAAUUCCCCAGCGGAUCUGUAGCCUUUGUGGGGGGAGAAAGACCGCGGUCCCUGGAGAGGCAGCCGGAGCCGUCAGUCUGGCUGUCAGCAGCCCUUCUUCUACAUGUCUUGUAGGAGGAACAGCCAUGAAAACAGCCUCUUCACUCACAGAAGGGAACCAUGUUCCCCUUUCACAUGCAGAGAAAAAAAGGGACUCUACAGCCUUUCCACCCAUGCUUGCAGACAGGGAUCGGAUACAAAGCCAGCUGACACACACAGACUCUCUAUCCAUCCACCCCCACUGUAAUCCCCCUAUUCAGAACAACAAAGACUGGAGACCCAGCCUACCUGCAAAACGACCACCUGCAAGGCAGAACGGAGAUCUGAAAAACACUAAUGGUUAUGUCUCACAUCCCACAUACCCUGCAGACAUCCUAGACGCACCUUCAUGUACACACUCAGACAAGCCCAUCAGCCUCACAAGCAUCGUAAACACAAAAACGGUUACAGUCACUAAGGCAACGAUUGAAUCCAGACGUGCAGAUGUCAACUCCCUUGAGACCCCGUCCCGACUGGCAACACUCAAACCUGGUCCCCAGGUCGCCAUAGCCACCAGACCAAACAUGCCACACACACAAAAUACACAACCCAACCCCUCAUUAAACACAGCUACUCACCCUAACUCAGCCCAACAGAGAAACUCUCUUCCAAACACUGUAGACCCAUUCUACAUCACAACUCACCCUAAACCUGCCCUACAAAGAAACUCUCUUCCAAACCCUGUAGACCCAGCCUACAUCACUACUCACCCUAACUCAGCCCUACAAAGAAACUCUCUUCCAAACCCUGUAGAGCCAGACUACAUCACUACUCACCCUAACCCUGCCCUACAGAGAAACUCUCUUCCAAACCCUGCAGCAACAUCCUACAUCAAUAUUCACCCUAAAACUGCCCCACAGAGAAACUCUCUUCCAAACCCUGCAGAAACCUCCUACAUCAAUAUUCACCCUAGCCCUGCAAUCCCAUCACAAGCAGUUACACUUUGUAAUACUGCUAUGACAACACACAGCAGUGCCCACAUAUAUCCACUUACUACACACACAUCUAAACACCAUGGUUCAGCAAUCACACCUACAACUACAUAUCCUGUCGCUGUAAACACAACCACAUCAACAACGACUGCACAAUCAUCAACAAAAUUAAUAACAUCCUCAACACCAAAAACACUGAUAUCAUCCACAACAGCUCCAUCAUCAUCGUCAACAACACCACCACUAUCAUCAACAACAACACCACCAUCAACAACAACAAAACCAUCAUCACCAUCAACACCACCAUCAACAACAACAACACCAUUAUCAACAACAACAACACCGUCACCAUCAACUACAGCACCAUCAUCAUCAACAACACCCCUAUCAUCAACAGCAACGCCACUUUCAACAAAAACUGCAAAAACAACAAAAACCACACCAUCAUCAACAACAACACUAGCAAACACUGAUACCACAACGAUACACAGACCAACACUCAGACCUUCUAAAAUACUAAACGCAACCAAUCGCACAAACUGUAAUACCACACCACACACAACUACAACUGUAUCCUACAAUACCACAACACAAACAACUGCAACUAUAUCCUACAAUACCACACCACAUACAAUAACUACAUCCUGCAUUACCACACCAUACACAGCUGUAACUAAAUCCCACAAUACCACACCACAAACAACUACAACUGUAUCCUACAAUACCACACCACAAACAACUACAACUGUAUCCUACAAUACCACACCACAAACAACUACAACUGUAUCCUACAAUACCACACCACAAACAACUACAACUGUAUCCUACAAUACCACACCACAAACAACUACAACUGUAUCCUACAAUACCACACCACACAUAAACACACAGCCAACCCCUUUGCCGCUCACCUCCAACAUUUCCACAGACUCAUACACACCUCUAUCAGUUGACUCUGCGUGUGGCGCCCCCAUAUCACCCCGUAACAUUGGUAACCCAUCCCACAUAUCUCACUCUUCAGAUUACCACCUGACUAAUUGUAGACCACUGAUCAGGAAACACACACAACAUAUACCAUCUCACCCAUCAAACAGCUCACUCGACAGCACACAGGAUAACACACCAUUUGGACAAACUCCUGACAGAGCUGAACAAACUACCUCCUAUCAAGCAAAUAUGUAUAAAAGAUUAGUUGUGGAACCAAUAAUGCACGCAAACGUAUAUCCAAAACGACUGACCAUAUCGAACAAAAACAAACCCUAUAACCCUGUCAUCGUAUCACAGACGCCUCAGCAGGCACACUGUAGAAUCUCCAAUGUGAUGCAGGUCACUAAACUCCCACAAUACAUCAGUCAAAUACAGGCGAACAUGGAAGACAUUUCCACAACUCUAAAACCUGAACAUGAACUCCGACAACAUUCAGCCCCGGAACACCUCCACUCUGCUGUUUUAGACACAUUUGCCAGGGCCCCAUCUCCAUUAAGACUGGACAAGCAGAUGCCCACCAACGAUGUGUCCCUGUCCAGCAGCCCUCUAACACAAACGCACCCCGGGCCCCCCCCCGCAUCGCAGGGAACCUCUGCCACCCACGUCCGACCCGUCGCCAAAACGCCCGACCGCUCGAGCUCGGUCUUCAGCUCCACGUCGACGCCGGAUGAACCCUUGAGCCCCGCGUGCCGUCCGGCCAGCACGUACACCAUCCCCGAGCUCCUGGCUCACGCAGCCGCGGACCCCACGCUCAACCCACUUCUGCCGCCGUCACGCGUUUCGCGCCUGGCCUCCGGCACCGCCGCCCGUCCCGGCCUGACGCUCCCGGCGUUCCGUCCGGUACUGCAGUCUUCGUGUCCUUCCCCGGAGGAGCCCGGGCUGGUUCACUCGCACCCGGCCGAGGCGGCCCUGCUGCUGCCUCCAUCCCCGCAGUGCAGAAGGCCCGCCUCCAUACGACAGAGGCUGCGGUGUGUGGAGGCCAGCCUGGCAGCCAACGAUGACCGGAUCACGACCCUGCUCAACAUCAUCCAGGACCUGGAGAUGAGCCACGCUCUCAGCAAGGGUCGCCGAUCCUACAGGACAGGGCAGGACCUCAGGGAGUGCUCCACCUGUCAGAAGACUGCGUGUGUCGUCUACAGCGUGGAGUACGAUUUCAGGCAGCAAGAGAAACGUUUCUCGGAGGUCCUGAAUCCUCAGAGGGCUGACGACAAUGCUUCGACAUUUCCCCUCUCCCUGCCUCACAAUCCCGUCCUGCUGACGAAUGCCAUCACUCAGACCAUGACCAAGUCCAAGGUUAAAAGCAAAAAACUGUGCAAGACGCUUUUUCAGUGGCUCCCUAGGAAAAUUCAGCGCACAAAGUCGUCCUUUCACCAGUUCUCUUAAGAUCAUUUGAACUUGUCGCAUGUGUCCAUCUCCCUGUAAUAUAAUAUCUCGGGAGUGUUCCUCUUCCCAGGCCAUAUCUUACAGUCCUUGAAAGGAAUUUCACCAUAUUAGCUAACCUAAUAUUUUAUAGCAAUCUUGUGCCUGGCGGGACGUUUAAUAUGUAGAACGAGACAUUUGGUUGAUACAUGCAAUGUUUGAGCAGCGGAACUCCCCCCACGUUCUGUUACAGCAAGCAGCGCUUGUCUUUGUGAAAGACAUAGGAAGAAUUUCAGAAAUCUCAUUUGUUCCUUUAUGGCUGACUGACGCCCUGCAGUGCACUCAUGACAUAGCAUGAAAAGGAAAUCCUUUUAGUGACUACAGAUUGCUGACCAGUCUGCAGCAGUAUAUCAGUAUAGAUGGGAAGAAUGUCAUAAUUCCGUAAUUAUGUGAAGUAGAAUGGACAUCCAAGCAUUUGCUAGAUCAAUCGCCAUUUCUCCAAGCCUAUUGUAGGUGAUAGUCAUGCUGUACUAUCGUUUAGCUAAUCUUAACCUUAACCAUAUAUUGUAAAUAAGCAUUAUGUGAAGUGUCACCUCUCUCCUAAAGAUUCUCCCUACCAGCUUAUCCCAGGAUCAAAAAUGUAUCUACCUGAUUUUGUAGAGAA